AUGCAGUCCGAGGCUCUUCUCAACAGAGAAGCCAUAGCCUACUGGACGUCGUUCAUAUCUACAGGCAAGCCAUCAAGUGCUAAACUGCCUGCAUCCCCAUCCUGGGAGGCUUUCACUGGCUCCGAGAAUGCAUCCCGGUUCCGCAUGACGCUUACGCUAGGCGACGACAACGCCACAAAAUCGGCCAUCGAACAAGUGUCCCAAUUUGAGGUGGAUCGAUGUGCGUUCUGGAUGCAGGCCGACAUCACUUCUCAAACCAGGUUGUAG